GGAUGUCCCCUCGUGUCGCGGAAAAUUCGGUGAUUCCUGUUCACCUUAAUGUUGCAUUCGCGUAUAUAUGAAUAAAUCUCGUCAAAUCAUUCGUAUUGAAGUCGAUAAGUUUGACAUUUCGAUGAAUUAUUUCGGAGUGAUACGGUGGGAAAUUAUAUCAAACGUGUCUAUUUAUUACUAGUCGGUUGCAGGUUAUAUUACCCCGACAUAUAUAAGAAGAGGAUUUCUUCACCGUGAAGAGUGUGACGCGAAGCGACACAAAUAAGCUUCAUGUGUGGACAGUUGUUUGACUGAUCCACUAUCUAUAAAUGGAUAGUCUCACGGAACCCACGCCGGCGAAAAAGAGAUGCGUUACAAGAAACGAGAAUAAAAUGCAAUUAAUAGAAUGUGUACGAGAAUUUCGGCUGCCGCAACAGUUCCCCAGUACAUUGAAACAGGCGAUGAAGCAGGGUAUUGUGAAUCCCGUGGAAUCCCCGCCAUCAAUCUUAACAAUGCCCGAGAAUAUGAUAACGUCGUUAUCCGACGUCAAGUUUCAAAUCCCAUAUAAACUGCAGAAAUUAAGGAUCUUGUCUCCAAACGGAAAGGAUUUGGGGGAGUUCAACAUCGAAUUGCAGACUGAUAAUCCAUUGAAAGGGAAGAUGAUUACUCUCAGGCCUGUUAAAAAACCUGUCCUGUCUCCGGUCUCGCACAGCAGGAUAUUUCCACGGAUACUUAAACAAGGCACCGCAAGAAUAUUUAAGAAUAAUUUGAUUAAAUCCUGUAGCAGAUGCGAUUCUGAAACGAAUGAAAUUAAUGCAUCGCAAGAAUCUACAACUCUGCGUAUAAAUAAAAUGAUUGAGAAACAAGAUAUCGAGACCAGGAAUAAGGAGGCACAGGCAUGUAAUAGCAAUAUUAAUAUUGAAAUACCGAUUUCUAUAAGCGAGACAAAUCCUAAACAAUCCUUGUAUCAAACUAUUGAUAGCAACAAUCAAAAGCAUAUAGUAUAUAAUGGAAUAAACAAUGUAAAUAGUAAUAUAAAAAUUCCAAAAAUUACAAUAACAGAAAUUAAUGAAAUUACUUCGGCUACAAGAAUAUCGUUGCAUGAAGAAAUUAUUAAAUCAACAUUUCCUGUAACAAAUUUAAAGCUUGCAAUAAACUCAAGCAAUAGUAACGUACAUAAAUCUAAAGAGUAUUUCAAAGUAAGUAGUGGAAAAUGCAUUACUAAUGUAAAAAACACAGAAAAUGUAAAAAUAGUCACAUCUUUAAAAAAUGCAGUAAAUUUUGCUCAACAACAUAAUCAGAUUAAUAACAAUUUAAUUGAAAAUAGUUUAGAUAACAAUGGCAAAGAGAAUGUCAAUAAUCAAAAAGUUAUGAAUAAUAGAAAUAAAUUGUUUCGAGUUAAUCCUGAUGUAGUUUUCUUAAAUAAUCAAGGAUACAAAACAAUGCAAAAAAAUGUUAUGACAGUUAUACCUAAUAAUGAAACUUUUUUAUUUAAUCAGAAUACAAUUUCAACACAGGAGUAUAAUAUUGCUGUAUCACCAGCGAGUGAAAAAAAUGUAAUUAAUGUACAUCAUGGCAAAGUUUUGCACGAUACAAAGUCUGAAAAUAUGCAAAGUAAACAUGUUCUGAAGAAAGAUUCUGGAAAUAAUUGUUCGGCUGUUGUGGUCAACAAUCCUGUGCAACGCGUUCCAGAAUCGCAACCAAUCACAAAUACUACUAAUACAAUCGUGCAAUUAGAUGUACAGAACAGAGAUUAUCCCACGGAUUCAACUCAGUCAGACUUAGCGGAUCAAUGGAAUAUUAUCAAGAAAGCAAUGGAUAGUGUGAAGGAUAACAAGUUGCGUGCACUAGCAUUGAAGGCACUAGCAGAUUGUGGAAUUGGAAUAGAGAGAUAUGUCCCAAUACAUUUACCAGAGAAACACAAAGCUGUACACGACACACAAAUACAGACUAUGGUAUUUGGCUUAUUGGAUCCUACAUCUUUUAUAUUCAUAAACAAAGACUUGGAUAGCAUUCAGAGAAUAAAACAAAUUUCUCUUUAUGAUAUGCCUACUAAUCAAGAUCAAUUGUUAACAAAUGGUUUACACUCUAAUGAUUCCCUAUCCAAAGUUCCUCUUACAAAUGAACAAGAAGACGAUUUUGAUAUAGAUAGUUUUAUUAAACAAAUUUUUGAAGAAGAUUCCGAUACUGCAAAAAUGAAGGAAACUUUAUCAGCAACAAAGAUAAGAUGUAAGAAUCUUAUAGAGCAUUUGGAAAGAGACUUUGAAUCGGUUAAACAUUAUGAUCAAAAUGGCAUGUUAAAUAUACAUAACGCUGUUAUAAGCAAUAACAUCCAUCUUGUUCAGAGACAAUUAAUGAUACUUGAGCAAUGUAAAGAAAAUGUCGAUAUAUUAACCGAGGAUGGAGCGACGAGUUUAGAGUUGGCAAUCAAAUAUGAUGCACGAAGCGAAAUUGUGAAACUUCUACUGAAGGCUGGAGCACAACCGGUGAUACCGAAAUAUAUACACGAAUCGGCAUUGAUUAUAGCCAGUAAACGAUCAUCACCCUUAUUGUCAAUGCUUAUUGAUCAAGUUUCGGAAUCGAAAUUACUCGAUCAAAUAGAUUCGGAAGGUUUUGCGGCAUUACAUUAUUGUAGCAUGCGCGAUAAUUUACAAGGGGUGAAAGCACUUUUAUCAGCCGGUGCGGCUAUAGAUGUGAAAGAUAUGAAAUCAGGACGAACGCCUCUAUUUCAUGCACUGGACAAUGGUCACACGAUAUUGGCGCAGACACUAUUAAAAGCUGGUGCUAUUGCAAAUGUUACCAAUUACGCGGGACAAACGCCUCUACCUAUAGUGUCAGAAAAGUUUGUCUUUCAGAAUAUUAAUUAGAAGAGAAAUAACGUAAUCACUUUUGUUUCUAA